AUGAGCGUCCAACGUUCACCUACAACCAAAUCUAGUGACAAAAUGAAUAUUAUUAGUGGGAAUAGUAAUUCCCAGCCUGACCUGUCAAUCAUUGCAGCAACUGAGCACGAAUAUAAAAAUGUGUCACAACGCAAAAGAAAAGCGCCUGAGGAUGAUUUCUCGGUCCAAUUCAAUGAAUUUAAAAAAGAAAUUAUAGGAGUGUUAAAGGAGUUUGGUAAAUCCCAGACAGAAAACAUCAAUUCUAUAAAAACAGAUAUCAAAUCUAUCAAUGAACAACUUAUUGAUAUGAAAACUAAAACGGACUUGCUGCUCAUAGAACACAAUACCUUCAAGUCUGAAAUACGAAAACUAACAAAUACUGUCACUUAUAACGAAGAAAAAAUAAAAUGUAUUGAAAAUGAUGUACAUUCUCUUCAGAGCACUGUACAUGCCCCCUUACCAUCAGGAAGUCCUAAACCGACAGCGAAUAGUUAUGCAGAUAUAAUGACCGAAGUUCAAGAGCGUUUAGAGCGCGCCAAGAAUAUAAUAAUCGCUGGCAUUUUCGAACCACAUUCAGAAAAUAUGGAAGAAAAGAGGGAAAACGAUAGAUGUGAAGUGAUGAAAGUACUAUCAGGCAUCUAUCCACUUACCCCCAACCAGAAAAAAUAA